ACAAAAAAAAAGUUAAAAGUGGAAGUGUUUUGUAUUGGGGGGUGUUAAGUUAGAAUUAAGAAAGAGAGAGCGGAGGAUAGAGGAUGAAUGAGACAGUAGUGCGGGAAUGGUUCGAUCGAGUUGACUCGGACAAAAGUGGAAGCAUAACCGCGCUCCAACUCAAGAGAGCUCUAGGUAAGGGAAACCUGGAAUUUUCCCUCUCCGUUGUGGAACAGAUGAUCAGGAUGUACGAUUUUGAUAGGAAUGGUACCAUGAGUUUUCAAGAAUUCCUUGCCCUCAACAACUUUCUUCUUAAGGUUCAACAUGCAUUUUCUGAUCUAGAAAAGGGUCGUGGUUUUCUUCUACCCGAUGAUGUCUUUCAGGCUGUGGUGAAAAUUGGCUUCAUGCUGGAUUCUCCUGCUUUUUACUCUGUCUGUGAGAGUUUUGAUCAAAGUAAAAAUGGAAGGUUUCGGCUGGAUGACUUCAUAUCACUCUGUAUAUUCUUACAAUCAGCUCGGAAUCUAUUUACUUCAUUUGAUACCGCGAAACAAGGCAGAGUUACUCUCGAUCUGAAUCAGUUUGUCUAUUGUACUGCCAAUUGUAGGAUAUGAUUGGACUAUAUGGUGACUUGGGAAGACAUUGUUAGACCAGUUUAAGUUGUGUUGUACCAGUAUCAGAUCUAAACGACAUUUUAAGCCUUGCUGUUUCUCUGCCAAAGAUACACUACCUUUUUUUCUUUUUGAUGUUGUAAUUUUCUUUAUCAAACUAGUUUUCACUGAUAAACACAAGUAUCCUACAUAAUUUGGUUUUAUACUAUUUAUAUCGUUAA